AUGUCGCCCGCCCCGGGGAGCGGCAUUGGAGGCACGAUGGCUUCCCAAACAUCUGGUCCGCGCAGUUCAUCAGCAUCGGCCAAAUCACAACCAUCCCGAACUGCAGUGCCUGACAAACAACUCUCCCAGAUCGAAAAGAGCGUAACCCACCUGUUGGUGGCUACAAAGCAGCUCUUGGAGACGUUGACACAAUGGUCUCGAAAACAGGCCUCCGAGAACGAGGUGUCUGAUGUCUAUGUCCGCUUGGGUUAUGAAUUCAACCUGGCCUGUCGAGCCUUUGGAGCGAUUGGGGUGGACACGGCGGAUUUGGGGCCCGUGCCGGACCUAUUACGAACCAUUCUCGAAGACACCCUCAGUCAGGAUGCUUCCCCCCAAAGCCUGGAUCGAUUCCUGCCCCGCAUUCGAGAUAUCAUCAUAAACCUGCUCCAUGGGUUGAAGAAAAAGCAGGCAAGGUUGCGAUCACGGCAGACAAGAGACGAUGGCAGGGCAUCAUCCGGACGGCAGGCAAGUGCCGGAAGCGUCACCAGCUCACAGUCUCAAUUGUACGAUGAGAUGACCGCCCCGACUUCUCCAAGGAGACAGCCGGGUCGACGAUUUGGAAGCAAUGGAUCCGUUGCAGAUGAGCCGCCGGUGCCGCCUCGAACAUCAUCUGCACAGUCGAACCCUUAUUCAGAGAGAGAGGCGUCGAGGCGUGAAGCGCAGAAGAUGCUCACCGCAUCGGAGUCAUCUUCCUCUAUGUCCAAAAAUGAGUCGCGAGCCCCUUCAUCUCAGGGUUAUACGCCUCCCUACCCUGCGCCCCCGCCACCGCCCCCUCCAAAGCAGGACGAUGCAUUAGGUGCUUUACAGCGGAGUGGUGAGCUCGAGAGACGAGCAUCGAGGAGAUUCUCCGCGUACCAAAUCCAAAAGCACCUUGGUACGUCGCCCAGCGGAGUGCCAAUGCUUCCAAGCCAGAACUCGCCGUUGCCAAAUAGAGGGAAGGACGUCCGGGAAUCAUUAAACGCUGUCCGUCUGCGUGGUUCCUACGCCCACGGAAAAUCUCGAUCAACGAGUCGUCUCAACGAACCGUCACCCAGCAGGAGUAGUCAGGGUCAGCCGCCCCCAAGCAUCGCGGAAGAAGGCGACGAGGGUCGACUUCGACCUGAGCCUUCGGGUGCUAGCGACAGCUCGACUGCAAAGACCUCUGAAGACGCAGCCCGCUCAACGGCUGGACUGGAUAGCCGAGACCCCUCAGUUGUCGGCGGUCCCUUACCAAACUUGCCUCGUCCCCCUGAAGGAAGCUCUUUGGCUGAAGCGUUUGAGCCGAGCAAGAGUACUGGCAGUGACCCGAGUGUCAGGCUAGGGACACCGACUGCUCCGAAGGAACCACCCUCCGCAGUUUCGACGCCCCCUCAUUCUCAGCAAUUCACGCCGGAGCAAUCGCCUUCCCCUGGAAAGGAGCUGACUCUCUUUCUGCAGUACAAGAGCAAGAUCAAGAAGUAUGUUCUUCCAGAAGGCCCUGCUGGCUUGACAAUCGGCAGGCUACAGCUAGCUUUCAUCGAGAAGUUCGCGUGGAAUACGCACAACAAUGGCGCAGAUCUUCCCGAGAUCUACAUACAAGAUCCAGUAUCCGGCGUACGCCAUGAACUGGAGGACCUAAACGACGUGAAGGACCGAUCUGUUCUAGUAUUGAACGUCGAGGCUCUCGAUGAAGUCAAGAAGCAUUUCGAUGAUGGUCUUGGCAACAUUCGCCGCCUGAUCGAGGGCGUCAAGGGUGCUCUUGACGGCCAAGAGAGUAUGAUGCAGCGCGUCUCCGACCGUCAGCUAGAAGCAGCCAAAGAAAUGGCCCGUCUCUCUGCUGCCUCAGUGUCUGUAUCUGCCGGGGCUCCCAAGGCUGCAGCAGGACGCUCUGGCUCGGUCCCAGGUAGCAAUAGUCAACUCGCUGAGCUUCAAAGCCUGCGACGUGAUUUGGCGGUACUACGCCAGACGUACUCCAAUUUCUCCUCGGACAUCGCUGCCUCAAUGAAUACGAUUCGAUCAAAGGCCAGCAGCGUGAAGGCCACCGCUUCUGAUAUGACUGUUCCCUCCUAUGAGGGCGAUUCAGGACGACGUCGCGUCAACUCUGGAAAGAAAGAGCUGGCAGACGAAUCUGAGAGGCUUGUCGCACGUGUCGACGAUCUUCAGGACCUCGUCGAGGAUCUUCGUAAGGACGUAGUCUCCCGAGGAGUCCGACCGUUGCCGAGACAGCUUGAAGGAGUGGGCAAGGACAUCAGUGCUGUGACAAAGGAAUUGAAGAAGAUGCAGGACUUCUUGAAGCGCGAGAAGCCCAUCUGGACCAAGAUCUGGGAGAAGGAACUGCAGCUUGUCUGCGAAGAACGUGACCAACUCACCAUGCAGGAAGACUUGGCGGCAGACUUGCAGGAUGAUCUCGAGAAAGCCGCACAGACGUUCGCGCUCGUCGAACAAGCUACGAAGGAGCAGAGCAUGCAGCCCGCCAACGGCGGUGUCGUCCUCCGCAGUACCUCACGCAACCUCGCUUUCGAUCAUCCAACAGUCGACCCGGUUAAAGCCAAGGAUAAUAUGCUGGGAGAGGUCCGUGCACUCCAGCCGAACCACGAAUCCCGGCUAGAAGCUAUUGAGCGAGCUGAAAAGGCUCGUCAGAAGGAGUUGGAGGAUCGCCGAAUUGGACUGUUCCAGAAGGAGCUCGGCAACUUUGUUGCGGAGGGGAAGUUGAAGAAGAGUGGCGGAGUAGAGGAAGCUGAGAGGCUACGCAAAGCCAAAGAUGAACGCAUCAGAAAGGAGGUGUGGGAGAGACAACAGGCUCGGGCUGCCGAAAUGGAAAAGAUGGAACAGGAAGCCACCCAAGCGGCUGGAGAAACAAAGGAAACGACCGAACCCGAUUCGGAACAGAAGGCGGACGAACCUGAAUCUACUGAAGCCUCCGAGGCGGCUGACGAUAACAGCAAAUACGAAGAAGAAGCCACUGAAACCAUCGCCACCGAAGAGUCUCACGUCGAGGAAGAGCCUGCGAAGGAGGACAAACCUGCAGACUCUGCGGGUGAGUAA